AUGACACGGGUUCUAGCUUUAUCGUUAACACUAUCAGUCUUUCUACAGCUCCUCGGAUAUUCAAGGACAUCCGGAACUAAGGGAGGUAAACAGGAAGGUGCGUUCCACUACAACAUUCGGAUGGACGAACAAUCCGUGACGUCAUCACAUCCAAAACACGUGAAUUUUGUGAUAGAAGACCAAGGUCGGACCGAUACUUUACAACUUAAACGUAAAGACAAUAUCGACAUCAAUUCUCCACUGUGUUUCAUUAUACAGGGACACACCUUGUGUGAGCAAGGGGAAGUAGAAGAUGUUGCAUUUUAUCAUUCAAAAGAUAGAGUCGGUGCAUUUGCUGUAAAAGUAAACAAAGAUGGAAGAAAAAAUAAACAAUUAGAGGGUGUAUAUAUAUCAGAUGACAAAGCUCACAUGGUGGCGCCAUCUUCUUCUCUGUCUCAUCUCUUUAUUAAUAAAUCAUCACAUCACAUUACAAAGCGGAGCAGUACGUUCGUGGCAAGCGGGCGGACCGUAAGCAUCUUAGGACGUCGGAUGGUAAACAUCGUGGAAUCCUCUAAUCGUGUCAAUGAAUAUAUUGGCGAAUUAAAAGAAGAAAAUAGUGAUUACAUCGUAGAAGUCCUAAUUAUGAUUGAUUACAGUCUCUACAAAAAAUUUUUAGACAAAGCAAACGGGCAGGACGGCGAGGCUCUGACCCAACUCCGAUACUAUUUCGCUCAUAUAGUUAACGGGAUGGAUCUUCGAUAUUCGUCAAUAAAUAACACAGAUUUUAAAGUGUCCAUUAGAUUAGCGGGGUUUUUUGUUGCAAAAAACAAAACAGACCUUCCCUUUGUACUGACCUUCCGGCAAGGAGGUGAUAUAAGGUCAAAGGUCGAUGGGAGUGCUACACUUCUGGGACUGACGAACUUCCUAAAAGGGAAGCCAAAUUUGCCCCACCAUGAUCACGCCAUGUUGUUUACUGAGCAUGACGCGACAAACGGACGGGGACAUAUCCUUGGAACCAGCUACCUCAGUGGAAUAUGUACCCCUAUGAGUACGUCUGUGAUAGUGGAUCACGGCUCCUACAAUUCAGCCGGUAUAGCAGCCCACGAGCUCGGCCAUAAUCUCGGUGUUAUAUACCACGAUGGAGACUCUUCCGCCUUGACAUUAGGAUGUCCCAAAGAAUUGAACUACAUAAUGGCUCCCUCAUCCGCCAUCAUUAACAGCAAAACAAAAGAAUACAGUUUUAAAUUUUCAGAUUGUUCUAUCAGACAGAUUGAACUACAAAUGAAAAAGCUUUCAAAUAGAAACCGUAACUGUUUGGCCGAGGACACUGGGCCGUCACUAGCUACUAUCGUGGUAAAGCCUUACCUGAUGAUCCCACCGGGACAGAUAGAAGACGUACACAACCAAUGUAGAGACGUGUACGGAAAUUCCUCCUUUAUGUGUCCGCCUUCUUCGACGGAGGAAAUGUGUUAUAAGAUGUAUUGCUACGAUCCAAAAAGGAAGAUAUGUAUUACAGCAAGUGAACAGAGAGCAGCCAUGGGCUCCUCUUGUGGAAAUAAGAAGUGGUGUAAACUUGGGAAAUGUGUUUGGGAUGAUAAAGCACCCUCAGUUCCAGCUGACUGCCCGUUCCCUGAUGUACCGCCUUCCAGGACUAAAUGUAGUGAAGAAGCGUCACCUUUCAGAUGUAGAGACCCGAGUUUCUACAGACGGUGUUGCGAGUCGUGCAAUAAAAACUUUACGAAGGAAGAAUCCUGCAAAGACAUGAAGAUUCUCAUAAACGGAUUACAAUGUGGACAAUUUAUACAACGAUAUGGAACAGACAUUUGUACUCUGGACCCUAAUGUAAUGAACUUUUGUUGUAAAAGCUGUUCAAAUCCACCAGCACCUACUGUAUCUCCUAUAGAAAAUCACUCGUAUUCCCACGUGACAGCAUCAACAUGUACGGAUAACAACUUCGUUCGGAUUAAUGGGUUAGAGUGCCAAGACUUUAUCUCUCAGAACGGACGACGUGUAUGUGAUAGAGAUAUGAUAAACAAACACUGCUGUGCAAGUUGUUACCUGUUAAAAAGAUAGCCUCGAACCCAGUGGAGUAUGUUGUGUCAAACUUCAACAGUUUA